UGUUUGUUUUUUUUUUAUACAGGGGUUAAAAAUCAUGACCUCAUUCCUGCCAGGAAGGUGCUCAUACUGCUGACCUAAAUCCUCCUCCCUCACUGUGUUUUUAUCUCUCACAGGAUUUGUGCGUCUGGGUGGAAAUUAUGGACUAUGCUCAGGGCAAGUGGAAGUGAAUUCUGGAGGAACUUGGAUUCCAGUAUCUGAUGUGAACUUCACAUUCCCCACUGCCCAGGUCAUCUGUGCUGAGUUGGGAUGUGGCAAAGUUGUGUCUAUCCUGGGGAACUUGUCCAGAAAUGCCAACGAACAGAUGUAUAAUGAAAAGUUCCAGUGUGAAGGGCAGGAACCUGAGCUCUGGUUGUGCCCCAGAGUGCCCUGUACUGGAGUCAGCUGCAAGCAUGGUGGAGGUGUUGAGGUCAUCUGCUCAGAGACCCCAAAGCUUCUCCUGGUGAACACGAAGAGUCACUGUGAGGGGACAGUGGAAAUCUUUCACCAGGGUUCUUGGGGCACCAUCUGUGAUGACAGCUGGGACCUGAGUGACGCUCAAGUGGCGUGCAGACAGCUGGGUUGUGGAGUGGCCCUCAAUUUCCUGAUUUCUGCUCAUUUUGGGGAGGGUUCAGAGCCCAUCUGGCUGGAUGAGGUGAACUGCACAGGAGAGGAGUCCCACAUAGGGGAGUGCCCUUCUGCUGGUUGGGGGAAACACAACUGCAAGCACACAGAAGAUGUUGGAGUCAUCUGUUCAGGAUACAUGCAUCUUGUUGGAGAAGGACGCUGCUCAGGCCGAGUGGAAGUGAAUUCCGGAGGACAUUGGAUUCCAGUGUCUGAUGUGAACUUCACUUUACCUACUGCCCAAGUCAUCUGUGCAGAGCUGGGGUGUGGCAAGGCUGUAUCUGUUCUGAGAAAUGUGCCUUUCAGAGAGGACAGAGGAUCGAUGUGGCAUGAAGCAUUCCAGUGUGAGGGUAAGGAGUCCCAGCUGUGGUUCUGCCCCAGAUCACCCUGUCAUGGAGACAGCUGCCACCGUAGAAGAACUGUUCAAGUUAUCUGUUCAGAUCUCACUGAAAUUCGACUCAUGAAAAAUGGAUCUUCUCAGUGUGAGGGUCAGGUAGAGGUGAAAAGUUCUGCGGGCUGGAGAGCACUCUGUGCAUCCCACUGGAGCACGGCCAAUGCUGAUGUCGUGUGCCACCAGCUGGGCUGUGGAGUCACUGUCUCCACCCCAAAAGGAGCAUACUUUGUGGAAGAAGGGGAUGAGAUCUGGAAAGCCCAAUUUCACUGUUCGGGGCAUGAAUCCUUCUUGUGGAGUUGCCCUAUGACUGCUCUUGGUGUUCCUGCCUGUGCCCAUGGGAACACAGCCUCUGUGGUCUGCUCAGAAUACAAAACCAAACUGCGGCCCCAGUGCAAGGACUCCCUGCCUGACACAGCAGGUUCCACAGCCUCAGAGGUGCAGGAUGUCAAUUGCUCAGAAAGCAGACAGCUGCGCCUGGUGAAUGGGGGUAGUCGCUGUGCAGGGAGAGUGGAGAUUCUGCAUCAGGGAUCCUGGGGCACCAUCUGCGAUGACAGCUGGGAGCUGAGUGAUGCCCACGUGGUGUGCAGACAGCUGGGCUGUGGAGUGGCCCUCAAUGCUAUGGUCUCUGCUCACUUUGGGCAGGGAUCAGGGCCCAUCUGGCUGGAUGAGAUGAACUGCACAGGAAAGGAGUCCCAUGUGUGGAACUGCCCUUCCCAGGGCUGGGAGCAGCAUGACUGCAGGCACAAGGAGGAUGCAGGGGUCAUCUGCUCAGAGUUCCUCGCUCUCAGGUUGGUGAGCAAAGACCAGGAGUGCUCUGGGUGGCUGGAGAUUUUCUACAAUGGAACGUGGGGCAGUGUCUGCCGCAGCCCAAUGGAUGACGUGACCUUGUCUGUGAUCUGCAGACAGCUGGGCUGUGGGGAUAGUGGGACCCUGAACACUUCUGUUCCUGUGAGGGAAGAUUCUAGACGGCAAUGGGUAGAUGGAAUCCAGUGUAGGAAAACUGAUGCCUCUCUCUGGCAGUGUCCUUCUGAUGCUUGGAAACAAAGAUCUUGCCUUCCAAGGGACACAGCUUACAUCACGUGUGCAGGACUGAGACCCAAGAGCUGCCCAAACUCUGCCCACUGCACAGACACACAGAAGCUUCGGCUCAGAGGAGGAGACAACCAAUGCUCAGGGCGUGUGGAAGUGUGGCAUGAAGGCACCUGGGGCACAGUGUGUGAUGAUUCCUGGGACCUGGCAGAGGCUGAGGUGGUGUGUCAGCAGCUGGGCUGUGGACAUGCCCUGGAGGCCCUGGGAAAGGCUGCAUUUGGCCCUGGAAAUGGAAGCAUCUGGCUAGAUGAGGUGCAGUGCAGAGGCAGGGAGUCCUCUCUGUGGGACUGUGCCAGGGUACCCUGGGGAAAGAGCGACUGCAAGCAUGAAGAAGAUGCAGGCGUGAGGUGCUCAGAUGAAAGGACAACAAAUCCUUCCAUUCAUAGAAGCACCAUUUCAGUCUCUACACCAGUUCCAGGUUUCUUUUCUUUACCUGUGAUCCUCUGCAUCAUCCUGGGAGCCCUUCUCUUUCUGCUCCUCAUUAUCCUGGGGACUCAGAUUCACAAAUGGAAAACAGAGAUCCGAGCCCUUUCUACUUUGGAAGAUCGUCUGAAUGAGGCCUUUUAUGAGGAGAUAGAUUACCUCGUGAAACCACAGGAGGACUUGAUUGACAACCGAGGAAACCUUUUUGAGGACUCAGUGACUAAGCUCCCCUAUGACACAGAGGAAAAGGAGGAGAGUGGAGAGCCUGAGUCUGCCCCAGAACCGCUAGGACAACAUGAUCUUAUCACAGAGAAUGGUUAUGAUGAUGUUGAAGAGUUACCUGCUCCUAAAUUUCCUACUUCUGCUGCUGAGAUGAGUGAGGUGCACUUUUUCCCAGAAAAUUGAAUCGAUGCCAAGAAUUCUCAGCCAUGUAUCUCAUCUCAGUCUCCAAGAGAAGGUGUCAACUCCAGCUUGGAAGAGAAGCAGUCUUCACUGUCACUGAGACAAGACAUUGGAUAUGAUGACAUUGAGCUCAGUGCCACGUAAUGCCAUAUUUUUAGCAACUAAGCCUAUAAAGAAUUACUAUGUCCUAUUUUUCCCAAAUAAAUGUUUAUUUUUAAUCUAAUUACUGUGAAGCUUUAACCUUAAGAAUGGCCAUUUUUUCCCCUUAAUAGUACCUGAUUGUCCUUGGAAAAUUCAUUCUUUCCUAAUUAAUAUCCCUUCCUUUUUUGAGAGCUCACUUGAAAGAUUGAUUGCUUUCCUGUCAACUAUCCAAUUACCUUCCAUGCUGAAAGUUCCUCCUUCCAUUUGAAUAUCAUAAAACUCUGAAAUGCAUCCCAGAAUUUAAGUACUGACUCAUUUGAUGGGGAAACUCAGAAACACCAAAGAGAAUACUCCAAAAUGUCUCCAUUGUACUUUACUAAUGUCUAGAGAUGUGGUUCAGAAUCAAUGGGAUAUUUAAAAUGGGAAAGAAACAACUGCUCCUCUUCUAAUUUUGUGAAAUAUUUAUAUAUUACCGCCAGCUAAAAUCUGCUGCUCCCUAAGGUUAUGUUACUAAAAUUAAUAUUCUUUUUUGCUAUUAUACCCUAAUAUUCAAAACUUCUUUCCUUUCCCAUCAGAUUGUGCUUUCUAUCGUUCAUCAAAUUUUAGAACUCACAUGUUUUUCCUUUAGUAUCUAUUUUCAUCCCUUUUUCUGUAUUUGU